AUGUCUGCUGCCGCGCCGCCCACCCACGGCGACUGGGAUGAGGCCCACCUUGUUGAAGCUCUGGCCGCGCUCGAGAAGCUCCAGGAUCAGGCAAGUUGGCUCGCUACCUCCAUUACUUGCACAAUCCUAACCGUCGCGCAGAUGGACGAGCUCCGGUCGAUUGUUCCGAACCUCACCGCGCCCUUUCUCGUUGCCCAAGACUCCCCCGAGGCACUCAGCCGUGACUUCAAACAAGCUGCCAUCACCGAGGCCAAGCGCCUACAAGCAUUCGAGCGCAGAUGGAAGAGCGACGAGGUCCAGGACAUAUUGGCGCACGCAGCCCAGAGCGUGAAGGCCAACCCUGAUCUGACCAAGGGUGCUAAGGUUGCGCGCUACGGCUGGGUCGAUGUGGCAGAGAAGCAGCAGAGGCCUGCGAAAUCCAAGGAGAAAAAGCCGCGUGGUAAGGGCAGUGAUGCCGACGAUAAAGUCGCCGCUUCAUCCGUCAUGCCAAUUGUGAAUGCGUUCAAGGAGGCUCACCCGACCUUUCACGUCGACGUUGACGAAGGUCGCAUCAUCACCAUCUCCUUCAGAGUUCCGUCGCUGGUUCUAACCUUCAAGAUCACCUGCCAUGUCGGCCCUGACGACAAGACGUCAUUCAUUGUCGACAGCCCCGGGAAUGGCCCCCUCUUCUCUGCAAUCACCCGUUGCAUCGCAUCCAGGCCGCGCCCAAAUGAUCUCUCGUAUCUCUUGGACAUGAUUUCUGCCUACACCGACAUGAGGAUUGCCAAAUGCUCAAAAUGUGGGAAGCUCUUGGAUAACAAUGCGCUGAACCCGGCUGCGAGGAGGAGCAAGCAAGUCGCAACCGCCGACGGAGACAAAAAGACUACUUGGGAGCCCUUCCACGAGACAUGUCUGUGA